AGCAGGAACUUGGAGUCUGGGGCCAGGCCCUUGCCUCUGCCGAAGUGCUGCGCGUACGCAACGGCGGUCAGGCUGGCCGUGGAGCCCUCGACGUUGACACGGAAGUUGGACACGAGGUGGGUGGUGUCGAGAGGCGAGACGCGGUUGUAGCACAGGUCGCGCACGCCCUGGAUGCCGGUUCCCUUCUCGCCGAGCAGCUCGAUGGUGGCGUCCUCGGUGAAGCUGGUGUCGAAGAGCUCUGGGUUGCGGGUGUCGAGGGCCAGGCAGAAGCGGUACACGGCGUCGGCAACGGCGUCUUUCUCGGCUGGGGAGCCUGCUAG